UUUUUUUUUUUUUUCUUUUCUUUUACUGUUUAUUAAUUCAUCAUUCCUUCUCUUCAUAUGAUGACAAACAGAAGCUCAUUAACGAAUGCUCCUCCACACCGGGUAAUAGUAACACCUGAAUCAUUCGACAUUGGCCCUCAACUUUAUCGUUACAGCAAAACAGAUCAACAGAAACGACAACCAACCAAAGCAAAAUGGCCAAAAGCAUCAAAAGUAAGCAUUCGGCAACAGCAACAACAACAAAAACAACAACAACAACGACAACAACGGAAACAACGACAAACUGAAGAAGAUGAAAACAUACCUUUGGAACCAUGCAGGGUGCUAGAUGGUGUGACAAUCUAUAUCGACAAGUCAGUGGUUAACAAAGAACGACUUACAAGAAUAGCUCGCUCACUUGCCGCCAAGGUUUUGGAAAAUUGGAACACAACAGCAACUCAUCUCAUCCAUGGCAUCGUCUCACGCAAUUCGAAUGCUCAACGAUCAUCCUCUUCAACAAAACAAACAACGGGAAGAAACAAAGAUAUACGUACACCACACAUUAUUACCAAAUCAUUGGAAAAGAAGAUGCUCGUAGUGAGUCCUGUUUGGCUAAUUACCUGUUUUGACAAGAAGGAACGUAUGCCUGAAUGCUUUUUCCCUUAUAACAUGUAUUCUGAUCCUCGAACACCAACACUCACAUCCGCAAGCUAUUCAGACGCAAUGGAACAAAUGGAAAACCCUUUUGGAUUGAGUCCGGACGAGUUUGGUAUUAUAGAAACUGAAAUGGAUGAUGAUACCGACGACCAUGGACUGCAAGAUAAACGAUUGACUGAUUACUAUCAUCUCACUGAAUCUAGGCAAUCUGAUAACAACAGCAACAAUGACAAUCAUACCGACAAUGGUCAUACCACGAGCAAUUAUACCGAUAACAACCAUACCGACAAUUAUCAUAAUUAUGACGAUGACAAUAUCAUCAACAAUCAAUGCAACGACGAUCAUCCUAGAUCUACUGUUACGGUCAAAGCUGACGACUUUGAUGACUACCUUUACAACAAUACCGACAAUAACACAAGACGCAAUGAUGAUGACGAUGAAAAUAGUUUGCCAUAUUCCCUCCUUCAGUUAUCAUCAACACAAUCGCAGAAACGACCACAUGAUAAUACAUCACGAACUGUAUCUCCAGAUCGACCUAAGACAUCUUAUCCUAGUCGUUGUUAUUCAUCACCAUCAGCAACGUCAACGGAAAUGAAUGAAAGCAAAAUGGAAACUUCGAAAAUCAAUAAUUUGCAAGAAAUAAUCGACAUGUAUAUGCAUAUAGGAACACGACAAACGAUGCUUCGCAAGUAUACAACAAAUGGCCAGUCAUCUUCACAAAAGGACAACAACAAAAAUGAUAGCGACAACGAUGAUGAUGAUAAUGCUGUGAAUGGUAACAUUGGUGAUAUAGGCUCUGUUCUUCCUUAUUUGGAUCCGGCAAAAUUACCAAAGACGAUUGUGGGGCGUGAAGAUCGACUUAGAAUCUGGUAUGGUGAACAAUCAUUUCAUUUGGAUGAUGAAGAUGGCAAUGGUGGUAAUAUUGAUACUGUUAUGGGUCGUUCAAGUUUUAGUAAAUAUUUUGGCAAUGACGAUGUGGUUGAUCUUACAAACAGCUUCUCAAACUCUCCUCCUUCCCGAAAACCAACAACAAGUAAUCGACAACCGGCCAAAUUGACUACGUUGAAAUCUACGACAUCAAAGAAAUUGAAGACAUCAACAAGGUGAUUGCUUUCCCCCUAUCCUUCCCCACCAAAAAAAAAAAAAAAAAAAAAA